UGCCGUCGUUGGAAUAAUUUCAUGGCACAGUCAGCACCGUCAUCGAUCAAGGUUGCGAUUGUGCAGUAUGAGCCUCAAAUCAACCAAGUCCAGGCAAACAUGGAGACUGUGGCAAGUAUGCUGGCCCAUCUCACGCAAGCAGAUGGUCUGCACAUUCUAAUGUUGAGUGAGAUGGUGUUCACUGGGUAUUGCUUCCGCGACCGCGACGAAGUCGAACCGUUGGCAGAAGAAACCUCCACUGGACCCACAUUUGAGUGGUGCCAACGCCAUGCCACGCGCCUGCACUGCCUUGUGGCGUGUGGCUACGUUGAAAAGGCUAGCGACGGCAACUUGUACAAUUCGAUGAUGGUGCUAAGCCCAGACGGCACCGUAGUGUUCAACUACCGAAAGACGUUCUUGUACGAAACAGACAAGUCUUGGGCCACUGCAGGCUCUGGCUUUGGUAAUUGGUACUGUCCUUGGCUCGCCCAACAACUCUCAUUUGGUAAGUUGCUUACAAUUGCAAAGGUUUUUGCUCAAGGGUGUCGCUACACCCUUCGAACAUGCCUAGGCAUUUGCAUGGACAUCAACCCAUGUGACUUUACAGCACCAUAUGAAUCGUACGAGUUUGCCUCGAGCGUGGUCACCGCCAAGAGUUCGCUCGUUCUGUUUUCCAGUGCGUGGAACGACUUCAGCCCCCUCGAAACCAACCCAUCGCCCCUGCCAACGAUCCAGUACUGGGCUAACCGACUCGUGCCUGUGAUCAACACCGCCUCAAAAAGCCAGCAACAUUGCUAUUUCAUUUGCGCCAACCGCACUGGCGUUGAGCGAGGAACGUCGUUCGUCGGGGGGUCGUGCAUUAUAUCGUUGAAUGAGCCGAGUAUAGUCGUGGCCGCCGAUCGAUUCCAAGCCAAAGUCCUCGUGGCGACCUUGCCCUUGGGUGAUACCAGUAGUUAACUUGUACAAAGUCGUUUUAGUUGGUGAAGU